GUCCCUCAACUUGUUCCUCAAGGCGCUGAUGCUUGUUUAGUGUUAUACUCCAUACCACUCCACAAAAUCAAAUCAAAAGUUCUCCAACCCCCACACACAGAAAAAUAAAGAGAGAAAAGCGAAAACUCAUACACUCAUAGAUCAUGGAGUGCGUGUUCGGAUUGGUAGGCAAUGGGUUCGCCAUAGUGGUAGCCGAUUCCUCUGCAGUUCACAGCAUACUGGUUCACAAGUCCAACGAAGACAAGAUCAUGGUCCUCGACUCUCACAAGCUCAUCGCCGCUAGUGGCGAGGCCGGUGACAGAGUUCAAUUCACUGAGUAUAUACAGAAAAACGUGGCUUUGUAUCAAUUCCGUAAUGGGAUUCCUCUGACCACAGCCGCUGCAGCAAACUUCACUCGAGGCGAGCUCGCCACUGCUUUGCGUAAGAAUCCAUACUCUGUGAAUAUCCUUCUGGCUGGCUACGACAAGGAGACAGGCCCAUCUCUUUACUAUAUUGACUACAUUGCUACACUUCACAAACUUGACAAGGGAGCAUUUGGUUAUGGGUCCUAUUUUUCCCUCUCCAUGAUGGAUAGGCACUACCACAGUGGCAUGUCAGUGGAAGAAGCAAUCGAUCUGGUUGAUAAGUGCAUAUUGGAGAUUCGAUCCCGGCUUGUUGUGGCACCACCAAACUUUGUUAUCAAGAUUGUUGAUAAGGAUGGAGCAAGGGAGUAUGCCUGGCGUGAAUCCGUCAAGGAUGGUGCAGUUUCUACAGCCUGAAUUCCUUUUUAUGUUUUAAUUUAAAUGAGUUAAAAGGGAAAGUUAUAUAUCUCUUCCUGAACUUUAGUUUGAAAUACUCGUACUGACUAUUCUUGUUUCAUUUGCUGAUAUGCCAGAAUAGUUGUAUUGUUGGAAAAUUAAUGCAACUCUUGUGUUUUUCCA